AGAACCAUCUCCAAGACCAUUUUCCUCUACUGGAGAACCAAAUAACGUUGGUGAUUGCGCGUCACGGUCGGAAAAAUAGGGAUCUUUGUGUCUUCCCCUAGUAGUAGUGACCAGCCACGGCAGCAGGGAUCAGCCAUGCCUUUCGGAAACACCCACAACGUGCUAAAGCUGAAGUAUGCUUCUAGUGAGGAGUACCCAGAUCUCAGCCAGCACAACAAUCAUAUGGCCAAGAUCUUGACCCCUGCCAUCUACGAGCGUCUAAGGAGCAAACAAACGCCCAGUGGAUUUACAUUGGAUGAUGUCAUUCAAACCGGGAUUGAUAACCCAGGCCAUCCCUUCAUCAUGACUGUGGGAUGUGUGGCUGGAGAUGAGGAGACGUACGAGGUCUUCAAGGAGCUGCUGGAUCCCAUCAUUGAGGACAGACAUGGAGGAUACAAGCCUACAGACAAGCACAAGACUGACCUCAACGCAGACAACCUGAAGGGUGGAGAUGACCUAGACCCCAACUAUGUCAUUAGCUCCCGUGUCCGAACAGGCAGGAGCAUCCGUGGGUUCUGCCUGCCCCCACACUGCAGCCGUGGAGAGCGAAGGGGUGUUGAGAAAAUGUCAGUCGAAGCUCUGGACUCCCUGUCCGGUGACCUGAAGGGGAAGUACUAUGCCCUGAAGAACAUGACAGAUGCUGAGCAGCAGCAGCUAAUUGAUGACCACUUUCUGUUUGACAAGCCUGUGUCUCCUCUGCUGCUGGCCUCUGGCAUGGCCCGGGACUGGCCUGAUGGCAGGGGUAUCUGGCACAAUGAUACCAAGACCUUUCUGGUCUGGGUCAAUGAGGAGGACCACCUGCGUGUCAUCUCCAUGCAGAAGGGUGGCAACAUGAAGGAGGUGUUCAACCGUUUCUGCACUGGCCUCACAAAGAUUGAAACCCUGUUUAAAGAUAAGGGCACUUCAUUCAUGUGGAAUGAGCACUUGGGCUACGUUCUCACCUGCCCAUCCAACCUGGGCACAGGGCUACGUGCUGGAGUCCACGUCAAGAUUCCCAACAUGAGCAAGCAUGCCAAAUUUGAGGAAGUGCUCAAGAGGCUAAGGCUCCAGAAACGUGGAACCGGUGGGGUGGACACCGCAGCUGUGGGUGGCACCUUCGACAUCUCCAACGCAGACCGCCUGGGCUUCUCUGAGGUGGAGCUGGUGCAAAUGGUUGUGGACGGUGUCAAGCUGCUGGUUGAGAUGGAGAAGAAGCUGGAGAAGGGACAGUCUAUUGAUGACCUCAUGCCUGCCCAGAAGUGACACUCUUGAUUGCCUCCCCCUUGUCAUCUGAAUGUGACAUCCUGGAAUACACUCUGUAAUAAACAGCACUUACACUCUCAUUGAAAGAGGACAUCUGAAAAUAAAAACUGUUUCUUCCA